GCCGGGGCCCCGCGGGCCGCCGCGGCGGCGCAGGCAGUGUGUGCUGGCACUGAGAACAAGCUGAGCUCCUUGUCUGACCUGGAGCAGCAGUACCGGGCCCUGCGCAAGUACUAUGAGAACUGUGAGGUGGUGAUGGGCAACCUGGAGAUCACCAGCAUCGAGCACAACAGGGACCUCUCCUUCCUGAGGUCUAUCCGAGAAGUCACGGGCUAUGUGUUGGUGGCUCUGAACCAGUUUGAGUACCUGCCCCUGGAGAACCUGCGCAUUGUUCGUGGGACCAAGCUCUACGAGGAGAGAUACGCUCUGGCCAUAUUCCUUAACUACAGGAAGGAUGGCAACUUUGGACUCAGGGAACUUGGCUUGAGGAACCUGACAGAGAUACUGAAUGGAGGGGUGUAUGUUGGCCAGAACAAAUUCCUCUGCUUUGCAGACACCAUUCAUUGGCAGGACAUCGUGCGCAACCCCUGGGCCUCCAACUUCACUCUGGUUCCAACCAAUGGCAGCUCAGGAUGUGGUCGUUGCCACAAGUCCUGCACGGGACGCUGCUGGGGACCCACGGAGAAUCACUGCCAGACCUUGACCAAGACCGUGUGCGCAGAGCAGUGUGACGGGCGCUGCUACGGGCCCUACGUCAGCGACUGCUGCCACCGCGAGUGCGCCGGGGGCUGCUACGGACCCAAGGACACCGACUGCUUUGCCUGUAUGAAUUUCAAUGACAGUGGUGCUUGUGUCACACAGUGCCCCCAGACCUUUGUGUACAACCCCACCACCUUCCAGCUGGAGCACAAUCACAACGCCAAGUACACCUACGGGGCUUUCUGCGUCAAGAAGUGCCCACACAACUUUGUGGUGGAUUCCAGCUCCUGUGUCCGGGCAUGUCCAAGCUCCAAGAUGGAGGUUGAAGAAAAUGGCAUUAAGAUGUGCAAGCCCUGCACUGACAUUUGUCCUAAAGCAUGUGAUGGCAUUGGGACAGGGAGUUUGGUGUCAGCUCAGACAGUGGAUUCCAGCAACAUUGACAAGUUUGUAAACUGUACCAAGAUCAAUGGCAACCUUAUCUUCCUUGUCACUGGGAUUCAUGGAGACCCCUAUCACACGAUCGCUGCCAUCAAUCCAGAGAAAUUAAAUAUCUUCCAAACAGUGAGAGAGAUAACAGGGUAUUUGAACAUACAGUCUUGGCCUGAGAAUAUGACAGACUUCAGGGUGUUUUCUAACCUGGUUACCAUUGGUGGGAGAGCUCUCUAUAGUGGCCUUUCCUUGCUCAUCCUAAAGCAACAAGGCAUCACUUCCCUGCAGUUCCAGUCCUUGAAGCAAAUCAGUGCUGGCAACAUCUACAUCACAGACAACAGCAAUUUGUGCUACUACCACACUGUCAACUGGACCAGCCUGUUCAGCACCCCCAGCCAAAAGACAGUGAUCCACAGGAACAAAAAGGCAGAGAACUGCACUGCUGAUGGCAUGGUGUGCAAUGAGCUGUGCUCCAGUGAUGGCUGCUGGGGCCCAGGGCCAGACCAGUGCCUGUCCUGCAAGCGCUUCAUCCGGGGCAGGACCUGCAUCGACUCCUGCAACCUCUACGACGGGGAAUUCCGAGAGUUUGCAAACGGCUCUGUGUGCGUGGAGUGUGAUCCCCAGUGUGAGAAGAUGGAAGAAAACAUGAUCACCUGCUAUGGGCCGGGACCUGACCACUGCACAAAGUGUUUCCAUUUUAAGGAUGGUCCAAACUGUGUGGAAAAAUGUCCUGAUGGCUUGCAGGGGGCCAACAGCUUCAUUUUCAAGUACGCCGAUGAGGACCGGGAGUGCCAUCCGUGUCAUCCCAACUGCACCCAGGGGUGCAUAGGGCCACACCUGGAGGACUGCAUUGGGCUGAUGGAUAGAACCCCCCUGAUUGCUGCUGGAGUCAUUGGUGGCCUCUUCAUCAUCGUCAUCAUGGGCCUGACGUUCGCUGUGUACGUUCGGCGCAAAAGCAUCAAGAAGAAGAGAGCCUUGAGAAGGUUCCUGGAGACUGAGCUGGUGGAACCCUUGACCCCGAGCGGCACGGCGCCCAACCAAGCCCAGCUCCGCAUCCUGAAGGAGACAGAGCUGAAGAGAGUCAAGGUCCUGGGCUCUGGAGCCUUUGGAACUGUGUACAAGGGGAUCUGGGUCCCUGAGGGAGAAACAGUAAAAAUUCCUGUGGCCAUUAAGAUCCUUAAUGAGACCACUGGUCCAAAAGCCAACGUGGAAUUUAUGGAUGAAGCUCUCAUCAUGGCCAGCAUGGACCACCCACACCUGGUGAGACUCCUGGGUGUCUGCCUGAGCCCCACCAUCCAGCUGGUCACCCAGCUGAUGCCUCAUGGCUGCCUCCUGGAUUAUGUCCAUGAACAUAAGGAUAACAUUGGCUCCCAGCUCCUGCUGAACUGGUGUGUUCAAAUAGCUAAGGGAAUGAUGUACCUGGAAGAGAGGAGACUUGUCCACAGGGACCUGGCAGCCCGGAAUGUCCUGGUGAAAUCACCAAACCACGUGAAGAUCACUGACUUUGGCUUGGCCAGGCUCCUGGAAGGGGAUGAGAAGGAGUACAAUGCUGAUGGGGGCAAGAUGCCAAUUAAGUGGAUGGCUCUGGAGUGCAUACACUACAGGAAAUUUACCCAUCAGAGUGAUGUGUGGAGCUAUGGAGUGACCAUCUGGGAGCUGAUGACCUUUGGUGGGAAGCCAUAUGAUGGAAUCCCAACUCGAGAGAUCCCCGACCUGCUGGAGAAGGGGGAGCGCCUGCCCCAGCCCCCAAUCUGCACUAUUGAUGUUUAUAUGGUGAUGGUGAAGUGCUGGAUGAUUGAUGCUGACAGUCGGCCAAAAUUCAAGGAGCUGGCUGCUGAAUUCUCCAGAAUGGCUCGAGACCCUCAGAGAUACCUGGUGAUUCAGGGAGAUGAUCGUAUGAAGCUCCCAAGCCCAAAUGACAGCAAGUUCUUCCAAAAUCUUCUUGAUGAGGAAGACCUGGAAGAUAUGAUGGAUGCUGAAGAGUAUCUUGUUCCUCAAGCCUUCAACAUUCCUCCUCCCAUCUACACCUCCAGGACAAGAAUUGAUUCCAACAGGAGUGAAAUUGGACACAGCCCUCCUCCUGCCUACACCCCUAUGUCAGGAAACCAGUUUGUGUACCGGGAUGGCGGCUACACUGCCGAGGUGCCAAUGCCGUACAGGGCUCCGGGCUGCAUCAUUCCUGAAGCCCCAGCUGCUCAAGGGGCCACAGCAGAGAUCUUUGAAGACUCUUGCUGCAAUGGCACGAUGCAGAAACAGGUGGCAACCCUGGCAAAGGAGGACAGCAGCACCCAGAGGUACAGCGCUGACCCCACCGUCUUCAUUCCUGAGCGGGUCGUGCGGGGAGAGCUGGAUGAGGACGGGUACAUGACACCGAUGAGAGACAAACCUAAAACAGAUUACCUGAACCCAGUGGAAGAGAACCCAUUUGUUUCCCGCCGAAAGAACGGAGAUCUCCAAGCUGUGGACAACCCAGAGUACCACAGUGCUCCCAACGGGCAGCCCAAAGCAGAGGACGAGUACGUGAACGAGCCCUUGUACCUCAACACCUUCGCCAACACCUUGGAAAACGCCGAGUACCUGAAGAACAAUUUGCCAGAGAAAGCCAAGAAGGCCUUUGACAACCCAGACUACUGGAACCACAGCCUGCCCCCACGGAGCACCCUUCAGCACCCGGACUACCUGCAAGAGUACAGCACAAAAUACUUUUACAAACAGAAUGGACGGAUCCGGCCCAUAGUGGCAGAGAAUCCUGAAUACCUCUCUGAGUUCUCCCUGAAGCCUGGCACUGUGCUGCCCCCGCCGCCCUACAGACACCGGAACACCGUGGUGUAGUGGCUGUGCUCUCACUCAAGUGGAAAGGCAACCCCUUCUAGCUGCCUCACUCUCGCUCCCCCUUUCUCCUUGCCCUUGCCCCUCCUUCCUCCGUCCCUCCCUCCUCCCUCCCUCCCUCCCUCUCUUUCUCCCAUGAGCUUCCUCUUCUUGCCAGUUCAUCAUUUUUGAUAUUUCUAAAUGAAAGGAUGUCUUGGAGUUGGUUGCAGAUUGGGUUGGGAGCCUGGAAGGAAGGAAGGAAAGAGACUGAAAGGAGGAGUGUCCAACCUGGCCUUUCCCAAUUUCGGUGGACGCGGGGGUUGGAUGCCCAGAGAAGCCUGGUGGUACUAGGAAUGGCCAGUGGCAGUGCUGCUGUCAAGCUUGUUCUCAGUGAUUCAACUGUAGGGAAAGCCACAGAAAGGCUGAUUCUUUCAGUAGGAACUGAUGAGAGUCUGUACAGCAUUCCUGGAAAUCUCCAUGCAAUUUCCAUCAGGGUAAAAAAUGGACAAUUUUUAUAUCCUGUGUGAUAGCGUAGUAAUUGAGAUUGAGAAUCCAAUUUCUUUCUCUAACACUUUCUAUCCCAGCAACUGAAUAUGGCUAACAUAGCUUUUCAAAAGCAUUCAGAUCUUCAUUGUGGCUUUCCAAGAAAUGAUGAUGUGACUCCCACAUACAGCUAAGCCCCUCUUCUGAGCCACACCGUGAUUUUGUGCCAAUUCCCAGCCACAGAGACUCCUGCUCAGAACUGGUACCUGACAUGACCAUUUUUGUGUGUGUGCCAACACAACAAUCACUCUAAACACAAAAUACCUUUCAGAAGAGAGUAACAAAACCACACCUCCAAUAUGUUCAUUUGAAGUGGAAAACCAGGCCAAGAAAUGAAGAUUUGUAUGCCAAAAGCUUUGCUUUCCUGUUUUAUACCUGCUGACUAUAAACACUUCAAAAGAUUGUCCCUAAUUCUUCCCUCUUUUUCUUCUUCAUGGUCAUGAAGGGAGCUGGGGAUGCUGUCAGGCAACACUGAGGACAAGACAGAGAACUGAAGAGUUUGAUUUUCUGUGGGGUGGGGUGGGAAGGGUCCUUUAAACUGGAAGACAGACACUGGACUGGAGAAAACGCACAUAGCGGUUCACUGGAAAGUUAGUUUGCACUUAACCUCUGAUUUUAUUUGAACUGUUUUCUGGAUUUUGAAUGAAGCAAUAUGGAAGUGACCAGCAAAAUACAAAAUAAUAAUUUUAAAUUAAAAAAGAAGUAUAAAUUAUUUGUAAAGGAUGACUGUGGAAAUGCCAAAAUGAAGCAAAUCAAGUCUUUGGAACAAUGUCUGCCACUCCUGAGAGGCCGAUGCAGUGACUGCUUCAGAGAAUACAGUGAGAGAGCAGCCAGCUCUUCCUGCUGCUCUAUGAAGGACAGCAGAGCAAGCCCUGGAAAGGAUCAGGGGAGGCAAAUGUCCUGCUCUGGCUUGCAGCACAGUACAGAAUACCGUUUUUCUAAAAGGAGGGUUACUCUGGCACAGAAGACAGUGCAUAUGAGGUUUGAGAAGUCAAAAUGUGCAUGAUUUGCAGAGCUUUCUGUCAAAAAUGUAAAUAAGUAUGAGUCAGUCUCCUUGCACUUAGUUCUGCUUUUAUCAACCUCAGUUUUUAGGUAGACACCCCUUGACCUGCUCCUGUUUGGAAAUCUCUUUCAAACCAGAGUUCUGGACGUUUUUAGUGAUCUGGGGCAGAUGGAGCUGGGAAAGGAGACACCAAGGCUUGCUCCUGGCACACCAACACUGUGUGUGUAAGAGCAUUUGUGAGCCUACUUCCCACCAAACAUCUUAAGGAACCUUUGGAGAUCUGCCUGUCUCUAUCCAUCAAGGUUUUUAAAGGGAAGAAACAAUACCUGGUGGAUGGCAAUCUUGGGUGAUGCAACAGUAUUUCAGUUUAUGCACUUCAGCUGUGUUAGGGCUGAGAUCUUUGGGGUGACCUAACCUGGCAACAAAACCAGCAACAACCAGGGGCCUGGAAAUGGCAUCACCCUCCUCUAAAUUCCUGCCAUUCCAACAGCUUGUCACCUUUAAUCUUAGGGAAGCAGAGGAAGGGAGUAAGAAAAAGCAAUAGCUACCUGAAGCUUAGUGGGUCAGCUUGACAAAGGUGUGAAGAGAUGUUAAACCCGGCUUGGUUGUUCCCCUUGUAGAUGGAAAACAAGCUGUGAUCACAAGGCUGGGUCAGCUGUUGGUGCACCAGGUGUGUCCAGGUGGGCAUCAAGUACAAAGCUGAAGGUUCUGAAAGCAGCAACAACAGGCACAGAUCUUUGAGCUGGUAAAGGAGAUCUUGGGUCAAGUGGUACCAAGGUGGUUUGUGGUGAUAUGACCACUGUCAUGGAUAGAUGGAUACAAUCUGUACUGAGGGGCCUCUUCUGGUGCCUCUGGUAGCUCCUCACCACCUUAGGGGACAUGGGCACACACUGGGCAGGGGCUGGGGCACAGGGGGUGGCACAAGGCCCUGGGUGGCUGCUCCAGGGAAGCUUUGCCCACAGCAGUGCUCACAGGGUGUCUCUGCAGGCUGGGACAGAGAGCAGCACAGGAAUGUGGCUGUCCUGUUUCAGCAGGACCAUAGGUAGGUGGAGAAAGGUUGAUUUGUCCCUGAACAGGCCUUGUAACAGAGUAACUCCUGAUGGAGAAAAAAUAUAAAAUAAAAAGCUGGCUCAGCUUACAUGUUUAAAUUCAGAGCUGAACUUAGAGGCUGCUGGAGCAGAGGCAGGCACACCUCCAGAGCCAGGCACGGGGAUGGAGCUGCUCACACCAGGUGAGGCCUGUUUGUUCCUCUGGUAAUGAAGUAGUGCUCAUGCUAGAAACAAGCCCAUGGGGUAAUCCAAGUGUAAAUACUGGUGGGGUUUAACAAUUUAACGUUUUAUUUCUUACAAGGCUUGAAUUAUUUAUUAAUUUUAUUUGUUGACUGUGGGUGUGCUAUAAUAUAUUAAGUAGCAUGGAAAUGCAGGGGUUCCUGCAGGUGGGGCAGCAGGAAAGCUGGAACAGGAGCUUGGGCUCUGCCUGGCAGCCAGGAUGAGCCAUGCAGAGCCAUGCUAGUGGGGUCUGGGAUAGCAGAGGACAGGCAGAGGCUUAAUGAACACAGUGAUUUGGGAGGAGGGAGAGCUCCACACACUGCAGCUUCUCAAUUUUUAUUUUUUUUUUUAUAUUUUCUGAGCUUCUGGUUUGAGUUGCAGUUGCCAAAACUGGCCCUUGAGUUCCAUGCUGUGCCAGUCACCCCUUGCCCAACAGAUGGGCCUGUGUGGUGCUGAGGCUGCUGGUGAACCAGCCCAGAGAGCAGCAGAUAUCUGAACCCUGCCCCUUCCCUCUGCAGGAGAAGCUCUGAGCUUAGCUGGCAGGUUUUGCCUCUUUGCAACAGAUGGUUUAAUCAUGGCUAAAGAAAAAAGAAAGGGAAACUGAGAGCAGAACUGUUUGGCUGCUUUAAUUCCAGCAGAAACUCCUGGCUGUCCCCAACUCACAUCUUUGCCUUACUGGGUAUUGCUGAUGGCUUGGGGAGAGAACUUGGGCAAGUGCACAUGGCAAAAUCAUGGCAAGCAUUCCACUGGGAUUCAUAUGGGAUGAAAAAUGAGGGCCAUGGUCUUUAAUGCAUAAUGACAGGUUUGGGGGGAAAGCACAUAAUCCACACACAAACUGCAUUUUGUCAGCACAAAGCAGCAGGUGAACACAUCAACAGAAGUACUUUGGGUGUGAUUCACUCCCUAGUGCUACAGAAGUACCUGGUUAUGUUUUGUGGGUUUUAGAAUGCAGUCUCCUGUUUAUAAAUGUUCUGGUUCCUCCUGUCAUGGCCUGUGUCACAGGAGAGCAGUGACCAACUUUUCAAGAGCGCAUUUUACCUGACUGUGGAUCAGCCAUUAUCCAAGGCACAAAGCAACCUGCUAAAGGAAAGAGAACAACAUUUAUUAUUUUCUCCUGAUCUCUUUCAGUGUUCCUUGUCCUAGCUGUUAUUACCUACCUGAGGGUUAUUGCAAGCAGAUGCUGGGGCCAAUUGACUCACUGUAACAUAAUUGGCUGAAACCAACUCCUUUUACAUGUACUUCACAUCUUUUCAGAUUUUUCUUUUCCUGCAAAACAGCCAGGAGGGAUUUUUUUACAUGGCCAUUGGCUCAGAUGUAGCAGAGUAUUUACAACUGUAUUUCAAACAGGUUGUCUCUCUCAGGUAGCAAGAGAUGGAAAUAAAUCUGCAGUAGGAGCCACCAUGUAGAUCUGUUUGAGGUACCCUGAAAUCCUUUUCUGUGUACAAAGAAAUGCUGUAUUACCCCUGGAUGUACCACUUACUUGGUAGGAAAUGUGCUUCUUGACUGCAAGGCUCAUCUGCAAUGAUCUGACACCUGUUCCCACCAAAGAUCUCACCCUCAUCCAGCACCAAUCCCAGCCCUGAAGGAAGGAAAGUGGCAGCUCUGGAAGAGCAGCUCAGCCCUGACUCUGUGGAUCCGCUCUUUGCAUAGCUUUAGGUAAAGCUGGGCAGUACAGGGGAGAAGUGUGAGUUGUGAGGUGAGUCAGCCUAGAAAUACAGCUUGGUUUUGGGGAUGGAAAAUCAAAUAUUAAAGAAAAAAAAUCUAUUUUUGUCUAAUGGUGUGCCUGUGUAGGUGUUGCACAUCAUGGUGGCAGCUAACAGAAUGAUGGGAUUGUGAGAGCUCCUUUAUUCCAUCUGGGAGAGGAGGAGACAAGGCAGAAUGAAGCUGUUGGUCAUGUAAUUCCCCAGGAUAACUGGAGGCAUCCCCAUGAGCUGUGCUUCCCUGGCAGCCAGGAGCCCUGGGCAGGCAUGUCCUUAGAGCAGGGACAGCACCCACAGGGACACACAGAGACACUCCCACUGCAGCCUGCCAGCCCUGUGGGGAGGAAGGAAUGGAGCCCCAGAGGUGCCCUGGGCAGUGCCCAUGAGUCAGGUUGGCUGCUCCCCCCCUGGCUUCCCAAGUGCAUUUCAGAACUAUGGAGCUCAGAAGUGUUUACAUGCUUGGAAGGAUGCUUGGCUUGAGGGUCACUGGUGAAAAAGAGGCUUUAGAAUAAUGGGAACCAGGCCUGCAGUUUUCAGUCACCUCUUUGGCUCUUAGAGGACACCCCAGAGGGGAUGAUGGCACCUCAAUUUCUCUUUGGCAAGGCUUUUUCAAAAGGUGGUGGCACAUGAAGUCUCUGCACCUGCUCAUUUCCAGCUGUCACUUGCUGCAGUCUCCCUCCUGUGGAUCUUGGACCUCUGCUGCUGACAAAACAGCUCAUCUGUGGUUAUGCAAAAAUCCUGGACUUGGCUUCAGAUUGUUUUUCUAGAUAGGGUGGCUGGCUCUAGUGCUUAUGUUCAUCAAGCAGGGAGCUGCAGUUGUCCCAUAGAGUAGCCUCAGUGAAGCACCACUGUCUGUGCAGGAUUCCCUCUUCUUUAUUUUCUGCCUGUUGCUAACCAUUAGUUAUAAAGGUAGAAAAGGUCACUGUUAAAAAUGGGGCUUUCAGACUGGGAACAAGUAGAGAAAUAAAGCUAUGUGGUUAGAAGCACCACUCUAAAAUGUCCCAAAAUCAUGUGUCCAUAUUAGUUCUAAUAUUAUUUUAGCACAAUUUUGUGUGGAAUGGUGGUUUGUUCCAAUAGUAGGUUCCUGGCUCUUGAGGAAAUCACAGGCAGGUGAAGUUGAGGUUGGUGGUGGUGCUGCAGUGAUGGCUGGGAUCUGCCUGAAGUUUUGGACAGUGCAGAGCACUUUUUAGGGAGCUUUGUGGUUGUUCAGGUCCGACUGAUGGGACUCAGUGGGACUUGAACUGUAGCCAGUCUCAUCUCCUAACCAGAGCCAGAGGGACACCUUCUGCCCAGGGUGUCCUCCAGCUGGGGACUGUGGCAGCAAUACAGGAAAAGGUGUGAGGGGGGACAUCCCAACAGGAAACUAGAGGAGUCAAAGCUGGGUAAUUUUCCCCCUUUUUUAAAAUUUAAUUUUAAAAGUGAGCUUUGUGGACCUUGGCAGAGAGGGGUUUUAAGGGGAGUUUUGUAAGGUGUUAGGCAGUGUGAGUAGUUCUGUCCCAGUUCUUCUCCCCUCACCAAUAAAAAAGCCAUGAAAUCACCCUCCAGCAGCAUUGUGGAUGAGCCCUUCACCUGCUGUGGAGGUGCAUCCUGGCCAGCACCCUCAGGCUGCUGGCUCAGGUGUGACCAGGCCCACAGCUACAGGAGCUGUCACCGAGUGCCAUUUGCUAGCAGUUUGGUCCCCAGCCCAACCUUUGAGCUCUCCUAGGGGGGAAACACUGCAUUGUCCAUAGCACUCUGAAGACUAAAAACCCUUUUGGGAUAACCACAGUAGGGAACUGUGACUGGUAUUUUCUAAGUGUAGAUAUGUAUGCUGUUCUUUCGAGGUAAGGUACUCUGACAUAUGUAGCAUAAACUGGUCCUGCUGUUAAAUGGGUCGAUUAUUAACUGAGCAGCUGUGUAGGGGGUAGCUAACUUUGAAUGCAUGAAAUCACUGUUCCUCUGGCUUUGGGAUGGGAGCUAGGUACUGGCUGCUUGUGGGGGUACUUAUGGUGGGGUAAUGCAAGAGGGAAAUGCAGGUGAAGGAGAAAACUGGGAAUUUUUUAUAGCAUUUUAAAGAUGGAAAUUGGUACCCAUUCAAUACAUUAUUCACAAUGGUUUUAAUCCCUUCUUUUGCUCAGUUUUUACUACUUCCCCAAUAUUGUAAGCUGGAAUUGGUAAAUAGGUAUCAGGGAAGGGAAACUGAGGGGAAAAGAAGUCUCUUUCUAAGAACAGACAUAGCCAAAUUUCAUUUCCUGACCUGGUGGUCUUGAACCACUGACUUUUCAGAUGAGGCUCCAAUUCAGGCCCAGGGUAUGACAUUAGUGUCCCCUUGGAAUCAAAGGCUCCCACCUGGCAGGGAACACUGGGGUAGCACUGGGCUCCUGGUGCCAACAUGGCCCAGCCCAGAGGAACCAGCAGCACACACAGGUGGGGUGGUCUGGGUUCCUGUCAAUCCUCCAUGUUUGGAAAGAGCCACAACAUCAAACAACAAUACUUCUGCCUUAUGAAGUACCUUCAAAAGAAGAGAAGUGUCAGCAAGUUGGGGAAGACACUCAUUUCUUGCAAAGUGAUGCAUUCAGAGUUAGCUGCCUUUCUGAAACAAAAAUAAAAAGAAAUUCAAUACCUACUGUAUGUUACUUUGAAAAUGUGAAUAGUAUUUUUAUAGCUUGUUAAAGACACAGCUAGUUGCAUUUGUAAAUAAGGAUAAUGUUGCUUUUAUUUUCCUUGUGGACACCAUUGUUUGGAACAUAAUUGUCCUUAGGGUUGAUUUGUAUAUAGGUAAUUUGCUUGUGAUUUAAGCCGCUCCUCCCCUUUCCUUUCUCUCCCUCCCCACCCUCUGGUUUUGGUUAGAGGUACCAUUUUCAGCAUUCUGUGUAAUUCUGUGUUUUAGCACUGUUGUGGUGUGUUCAGACUUUCUGCACUUGCUUACACAGUAGGGUAUGCCAAUCGUGUGUGGCGUAAUGUUCCUUUAACCUUUCCUUUCUCAUAUUUUAGCUGUUGGGAAUUAUACACUGUUAAAAUACUUACUGACCUGGGUUAAUAUUAGGUACAUAUUUUAGCAUAAUUUCCCUUCUUUUCAUGGUUUCUCGGGUUUUUUCUUUUUUUUUUUUCCUUUCCCUUCCCUUUUGUCUUGUUUGGAAGCUGGGAAGAAACCUGUGGAUCUUCUCUUUGUGUGGUUCUAUUCCCCACUCCCGUGUGCAGCCCAGAGUUUCUCCUCAUGGUCCUUGGGGUAGAGCUUUAUCUGUUUGUUAAGGCAAAUGUAGACUGCGACCCACCUUGCAUCAACCCACGCUCAUCCCAGCUGAACAAUUUGAAAACUGUUCUGCCUUUUUGUUACAUGAAU